GUUAAACGUUUACGACAGCGUGUCGAAGAGCUCAAACGUGAAUUGGCAUCUGCCGAAGAUGAAUUGGAUUCUGCCGUUAAUCAAGUGCGUCGUUUGCAACGAUCCAAUGAUGAGUUAGUCGGUCAAAAUGAAGGUUUACAGGUUCAAAUACAACAUUUGCAAACAAGACGUAUCCCCAGUCCCCAGUUACGUGGUGGUGGUGGUGGAAGCUAUAAUGGCGUUCAAUUGCGUAGUAAAAUUGCUGUUGAAAUACCCAGUGAUUGUUUGCCAAACAUUAAUGAUUUACGGCAAAUAUUCGACGAUGGACCAUCACAGAGUAAUGUUGUGGGUCUACGUCAUUCCACGGGUGGUGGUGGUGGCAAUGAAGCGUCCUCGUCGAAACGUUCCAGUCACACCGAACGUACACUCUUGCAACAACAAUCGAGUAAUUUUUUUGACGCCAAAACUUCACACGUUGAGGAGAAUAUCUUUGAAUCGAAAAGUCGUAAUUUGGAAUUCGAAAGGGCAAAACAGAAAUUUGACAAUCCGUCGCAUUUGCAUCAUCAACAUCAUCACCACCAGCGCGAACAACGUGAACGGUCAUCUGGAAGACAUAGUGGACAAUCCACUACCAAUAGCAAUGCUUCCAAUUCAAACACCAAUGCUCCAAAUAAUCGAGCCAACCUAGUAUUGCCACUGAAAACUAGCACAGUUAUUGGAGGCACCAAUAUGAGUAAUUCGAAUUCUCCGAAUCUGAAUACAAACUCAUCCAAUCUUUCCAAAGACGAUAUCAAUCGUCAAUUGUUUGAGGAUCAUUCACGUUCUUCGACGGUUGGUGGUAGCGGUAUUGGUGGUGGAAAUGCUGAUUCCAAAUUAUAUGCCAAAGAAAAUACGAACUCAGCUCCAUCUGGAAAUUAUUCCAGAAACAGUAUAAAUCUAGAUGGACUUAAAGUAUCUGAUGAUGAGACUCCGUAAUUAUGGAUCAACAAGUUUGCUACUCGACGAGGAAACCGAAGGAAACAGUGAAUGAA